AAAAUGUGCGCCCGCGGGCUACACAACAGCUGAUUUGCGUCCUAGUCCAAGUCUCUCUCGUUCUCUAAAUGUUUCCAUAGCGACAUUCGAACGCGAAGAGCGCGCCAUCARUCGAAAGUUCGAUCAUGUAUUCUUUUUUAAUAUUUUUAGUUUUUAUGCUUUUYCCAUGAAAUAAGCGAUGAUUCCUUUGGGUGGAGAGUCAGCUGUUUUACCAAGUGUAGAAAGAACAGGCCUAAGGCAAAACAACAUUGCUUUAACACUUGUCCAAGCGCCAAAUCAGCUGACUUCGAUUUCCAGCUCCCCGACGAUCAACAAUUCUUUUUCUCCUGGAAUUCGAAUUCUCCAAAGUAGAGCACAACAUCGAAGAAGUUCGGUGUCAAGUCUUUGUAGUAUWCUGAAGUUUGAAGACGAUGAAUCAARAAAGUUGAAUUCACGAGRAUCUAGUGUUGGAGAGCUAARACUUUGUUUAGAGACAAAACAAUUAUCAAGUAAACAAUCCGAAUCUAAUGAGAACGUGGAGAACAAUUCAUGUUCAUCAUCAGGCACUGCAGAAGGGCAAGACGAAGAAGCAGAUGAUUGUUCUGACAGCAUGUUUUUCACUGCUGGUACUGACAACACAAGUCCUGAUAUCAAUAAUAAUGUUGAACCAAAAAAGACAAAAAGUAAAUCCCGAGUAAAAUCAAACUCAAGGACAAAGAGUAAGAAACGUUCAAAGUCAAAGAAAUCAGCAAAGGUGAAAGGGAAUGUGAAAACUUCAACUAAAGUCCCAAGUGUGUUUGAAAGACUAUCAAAUGUUACAAAGAAUAUCAAAAUUCAAGACAAAACAGCUUCUUCCAGUUCUAUGAAGAAAAACAGCACAAUAUUCUUCAACAGGUCAAGUGGUAAUAUCUUAGAAAUUAAAAGACUACAGGCAACAUAUAUGCCAGUAAUUAAACCAAGUAAACCAAAGACACUUCUAUGUUUGCCAAGAGUUGCAAUGUCAAAUACAUCCAAUGCAAAAAGCUCUCAAUCACCAAGACAGACAUCCUGUCAUUCGAUUCCUACUGCGUCCAAUCAUAUCACAGUAAUUACACCUAGGAAAUCAUUGGAUACUAUUAUCAAAAAUGACAACAUCAGUACAAAGAAAGUUUAUUUAUCAGAAGUACAGUCUAAGAUGAUUGGUGGAAUUCCAGGGGCACCACCUGUAACACCAUUUCCAGAUGAGCAAAUAAGAACGGAAUAUAUCCCAUGUCUAAUGGACAUCAAAAGUCAGAGAGCAGUAAAAUCAAAGCUGGAAAAAAUAGUAACUAAAUUAAAAACAGAGGAACAACGAAGAAAAGAAUACGCAAUAAAACAGGACCAAAAACGACUGAAAGAAUCACUAAUGCAGUUAAAGCAGCAACAACGAGCAGAGAUUUAUGCCUUAAACAAAGUUAUGACAGAACUUGAAAAUGAAAAUUUCAAAAAGUUUAUGAUGAAGAAAGAUGCUGUUUCUACGAUGGGAGUUUAGGGUGUCAGCCUCAUGCUAUAAGAAAUAUUGCAAGCAAAUAACCCUUAGAAUAUCUAAGCAUUUGAUGAUACAUUGAAUUGUUUUGUACAAGAAUUUUAAAAUGCAAACAACUGAAUAACUGUAUUUAAUAUUAUUUAUUUUUAAUAGGAAUAUCUAUAUUUAAAAAAGACAAAUAAAAAUUGAUUUUACAAAGAAAAAUAAACAGGCAUGAAAGUCUAAUAUCUGAUAUAUCGCACAAAUUUCACAAUGGGUACCAAAAACUAUAAUACAUAUGCAAAGCAGACUCAGGGGGGAGGGCAGGGGAAGUUAAUAAAUGUGCAAAGAGCCCAUAGAUGGUAAGGGAGACAUGGAGAUUUAUCUUACCACCUCUCUCCCUUCCCUGGUGAACGCUCCUCUUUGAAUCAAAUAAAGUUCUCAUUGGCUGAUAUGCCAUAUUGGACUGGCCAAUAGGAUUUGACAUCUAUUUUUAUACCAGCUCAGAUAGUAUAUAUAGCUAGUUGAAAGUGAUGUGUCAGUUAUGAAAGGAAACAUGAAUGCACACAAACUCUACCUGAUUUUUAAUGAAGAAUCGUAAUUAAUUACAAAUAUAUAAAUUAAUUUAUUACAAAUAAAUUAAUAGUUAAAAUAAAAAGACCAACAGUUACUGAAUUAUGUAGAACAAACGGGUAGAAAAACAAUUAUUGUCAAAAAUGCUAUUGCCAUAAACAAAUCUGGAAUAUUUUUCAUGACAACAUAUGCAAUAUAUAUUAUAAAAGUGCAUUCAUAAUUAUCAUAAUUAAAAUUAGUAUUCCAAACUAUACAAUAGAUGAGUCAACAUUUUUUGACAAUAUGUUCAUUGCCUACCUAAUACACUGACCACUAGAAAUGUGCAAUAUGGAGGAAGUAAAGCACCUCUUGGUAAUCAACGAUGUUUUAUA